AAUUCAAUUGGUAACUAGAGAAACACAAAACAAAGAAGAAGAAAAAAAUGCAAUCGGCGAAACAGAAGAUAAGCGAUAUGGCUAGUACAGCCAAAGAGAAGAUAGUUAUGUGUCAAGCAAAAGCUGAUGAGAAGGCCGAGCAGGCGAUGGCGAGGACGAAAGAGGAGAAAGAGAUAGCGCACCAGCGAAGAAAGGCGAAGGAAGCAGAGGCGAAUAUGGAUAUGCACAUGGCUAAAGCGGCUCAUGCUGAAGACAAGCUAAUGACUAAGCAAUCUCAUUACCACGUUGGUCAUGGUCCACAUGUGCCUCAACACGGUCCUAUACCGGCUCCAGCGCCGGUCAUGGGGCAUGGUUACGGGCAUAAUCCUACUGGAGUUGCCUCGGUGCCUCCACCGGUGUAUCCUCCCACGGGGCAUCAUCAGGCUUAUCCUCCCACGGGGCAUCGUAAUAAUUACGGAAACGACUUGCUCUAGUUCUUUUUUUUUUUUUUUUUUUUUUGUAUUUUAAUCGUGUUGUGUUUGAUAGAUUUUUGGACUGCCUUUAAUAUUAAGUAAGUUGUAU